AUGGACAUCCGAAAGCCGACCACGAUGGUGGGUAAAUCUGGCAAGAGGUUUAGUCGUCCUAGCCUGAAAGGGGCCAAGCUCUUAGGAUCUAGUGUCAGAUCUGCCUUGGGCAGCACUGCUUCUUUUCGUCUGAAACAAACUGAAACGCAAGGAGAAGACAGUGACACCGACUCUGGCUUUUUUCACGUCGACGAAGAUGUACGCAAGUCAGCGAUGGAGAUGUUUUGGAGCCAACAACGAAAUGUCACCAAAUAUGGAAAGUCUAUCGAUGACGAAGAGUUAUCGUCGACUGGUUUCAGCGACAGCUUGAGUGGCGAGAGCGCCCAUUCGCUCGUCAAGUCAGCACAUACCACGAAAACGGCGGUACAUCGUCCCAGCAACAAAGAAAUGAAUCUUUCCAUUCGGAGCACCUUGUCGGCCAAAACGCUUGAUCCGUCCGAUCUUCGAAGAGGAAAGUGCAAGACGAAGAAAGUCCAGGCUCCCAAACGAAUUGACUUUACUGGGAACAUUGUGGAUAGCGAUGAUGAGGACGAUGACGGUGACAAUCUCAGUCGCAAGAGCAAGUCUUCGAAAGGCAGCAAGAAGAAGAAGAAAUCCAAGAAGAAAUCGUUGACCAAGAAAAGGAAGAAAAUGAAGAAAGGAGUCCGUAUGUCGAUCCCCGAUGUAUCCGAUGAUGAUGCAGUGGUGGGAGGUUCCUCCUAUGAAGAUCUCGUUGAUGGCCUGAGGGCAUUUGAUGGGCUGGUGGCAUCAGGCAAGAUCGUAGUCCAAGGACGCGAGAGAUUGGCAUCAGAAGAAGAGACAAAAGUUGAAGAUGAUCACGUAGCUGAUCUCAUCACCAUGCCCAAGCCACCUAGCGUAUUUCAACGACAAACAACAAGUGGUACAGCAGCUUCCGCCUUCUCCGCUGACCCAUCCAUUACGCACGUCAUGGAGCGAAUCGCACUUGAAGAUGAAAAAUAUUCGGACCGACAAGUGCGACUGGAAUUGGAGCAGGAGGUAAAGGAGCUAUUGGAGGAGAAUGACGAUCUCCAUGCUGACUUGGACGACGAGUAUCGACGAAAUGAAAAAUUGCAAGCCGAGCUGAAACGAAUGGAAACAAAGCUUCAGACUACUCAGUUGCAGCCGCUCAAGCAAGAUGACAUGGAACUCCUCCACGAAGAAAUUCAAUGUCUUCAAGAGGAAUUGAACUACGAACGGGAAGCAUCGGAAAAACUUUCGAGGGAGAGUCGAUCCGAAAUUGUUGAACUCCAACAAACCGUGGAUAAUCUGCGAGAGGAGGUCUCGUUGGCCUCCAUAUCCUUUAGUAAGUCCUUCGACAAAUCGGGGCUCAACAUCUCUAUCCAUUCCGAUACUGGCAAAUCGAUUGACCGGUUGCAAGGGGAAUUGCUCAUCGCGAAUGGUAAAGUCGAAAGCUUGGAGAAAGUUCGAAUGGAACAACAACUCGAAGUUCGUAAGCUUCGGCAUUUGCUUGAUAGAUUCAAGGAGAACACUGGAGUCAAGGAAUUGGAAGAGAAGCUCGAGGCAUCCGAGAAGGAGGGUGUUAGACUUCGAUUGGAAUUGGAACAUGUUGAAAAGGACUGGGAAGAAAAAAUGCGCAGCAAGGAGCAGACUAUCGAUUACUUUAUGAAAGAAGUGGCGGCCCUCAAGUUGAUCCAACCCUCGCGUACUUUGACACAGACAGAGGUACAAGAUGUCUUGCGGGUAGGCCCCGAGGAACUUGCCACUGACACGACGACGCAGACAAAGCGUUUCAGUUGGCUACGGGGUAGUCGAAGAGAGAUUUAG